AUGUUUGAGGCAGUUUAUAUAUCAGAUAAUCAGAAUAAUCUUAUAUUUGAGUAUCUCAUUUCCCUCCAAUCCCCUCAUUUCAAAUCUUUGAUCAACGUUAUCAAGUCGAAACAAGAUGAUAAUAAGGAUACCUUGAAUAAUUCACCAUUGAUUCAAAUCAAUUCUGAAUUCUAUGUGUGCUGCCAUAACGCGUCCAAUAUAAUCAUCUACUUGCUAUGUUCCAAAAGCGACGAAAAUCAAUCGAAUCCCAUCUUACCGUUUGUUUUCGUGAACCGGUUAAUUGAAGUGAUGGAAGAUUACUUUGGUAUUCCUUUGGCAAUCACCAAGAUUGAUGCUAAUAAUGACACUUUGACUUUGCUAAUAAAUAACAUGAUCGAUGAUGGUAUACCGAAUAUUACAGACUUCAAUAAAUUGCGUGAUUUAAUUCCUUUCAAAAGUUUGUUAUCCAGGUUUUUAAGCUCUAGUAAUGAGUUGACCAAAUCAAUUACUCCAACAAAGAACUCGGUGCCAACUUUUGCUUCGUCUUCCAAUGAUAUAGAUUCUAUUCCUUGGAGAAGGGACAAUGUCAAGUACACUAAUAAUGAAAUGUAUGUGGAUGUUGUUGAAACCAUUAAUGUUAUAUUGAAACCUCAUCAUACCAAUAAUUUCAAAAAUGAUAAAAAAUUUGAUUCUGCAUUCUAUUCAACCAGCUCUUUUUCAAGUCAAACCAAGUUGGUUCCAGUAAUGGGGAGUAUCAACGGUGAAAUAAAUUUUUUGUCUCAUUUAACUGGUGUUCCAUAUUUGCAAAUGUUAUUGAAUGUAAGGGGUUUAAAUCUUGAAUUACCUCAAUUUCAUCCAUGUAUCAAGAUAGAUAAAUGGAUGGACCAAGAAGGCAAUCUAUCGUUUAUCCCUCCCGAUGGUAAUUCGACUUUGAUGACAUACCAAGUAGAUUUGGAAAAUUUUAAUAAGAAAGUCCAACAAGAAAUGUUGGGCUUAUUAGAUAUUGAUUAUCAAGUUGAGUUGGGUCCAUUGAAAAAUGAAUUUGAAAUAAAAAUCCUGCUCAAGAGUCAUAAAUCGGUAUCAAAAUUGGAAAAUCUAAUAAUUGAGGUAAAUAGCUCAUCAUUAAUCAAUGAUAUGACUUCUGAUUCAAAUAUCUUGAAUGUCAAAUCGAACAGAUUAACUCAUGGUGAUUUCCAAUAUAAAGGUAACGGUAAAGCCGAGUGGAACUUACGUAAUUUGGCUAAUGGUAUCCAGCCAAUUUUGAGGGGGUCGAUAAUCACCAACUCGUCUGAUGAUUUCAACUCUUCGUCUGCUUCUUCAUUAAAUGAAAAUUUAAUUGAAAUCGAAAAUUCAAACCUGGUCAAGCCAAUAAAACCUAACUACAUCAAGAUCAGUUAUUCAAAUAAAGGUUGCGUUCCAAGUGGGUUAAAAGUCGAUAGCUUAAAAAUACUAAGUGCUAAAGGAUUAGGUGAAACCGUCAAGCCUUAUAAAGGUGUUAAGUAUAUCACUAGAACCGGAGACUACAUAAUUAGAUCAUGA